UGUUGCGUAGGGUUUGGCAAUAAGUAGCCAUGGGCAUGGAUCCCUUAACCGUGGUGCGGAAUUGAUGUUCCAAUUGCAUCGCCCGAGCGGGUUUAUUGUCAUGGAAGAGAUCAUGAAUAACCCGCCAAAGCUCGGAGGCCGUAGAAGUGGAGGAGAUGACCAAGUCGGAGACCUCAUCGGUCACCGUAGAGAGGAUCCAUCCUUGAAGCAAAGCAUCGAGUUGAAACCAUUCGUCAUCAUCGGCGGAAGAGGGGAUCUUGGAGCCGGAGAGAAACCCAUGGAGAUUGAACCGGCGAACAAGGAGCAAGAAGAGACGNGGGGAGAAUUUGAGGAGGUGGUGGAGGAAGAAGGAGAUUUGUCCGUCGUCUUGUCGGAGUUGUCCAUGAGGAAGAGAGGAGGGGAGGACGACGGAGGGGGAGGGUGGGCUGCUGCGGCAGUAACGCCGAGGGAGAGGAAGCAGCGCCGAGGAGAAGCAGAGCCGAGAGCCGGAGAAGAAGUUUAGGGUUUAGGAACUAGGCUCCGAUACCAUGAAGAAUGAAUAUUUUCUAUUAAUUAAAUCUGUAGGAGUACAACCAUAUUUAUAUAAAAGAUGGGACUCCUAAUCAUGGUAGGAGUAUAAGUAAGGAAACCUAUACAAAAGGUAACUACCAAUAAUACAAUGAUAUAAUAAUAAAUACAUUAAAUAUACUUAACAUAA